CUGUUACAUUAUUAAUGAAUAACAUGUGCGGGUGUCAGUGACCGCACCACUUGAACGUGAUGGAGCUUUACGUGUACGGGCGGAUUUGACCAAUCAGCUGCGUAGGCACCAGUUUCUUCAGAAUGUGGGUGGAGUCGACUAAUUGUUGACGGUUCUCUGAGUGUAUUAAAAUUGUUCGCCUCCAGCCGACUCUCGUAAUGUCUUGUGGAUGGAUGCGUUCAGAUUGAUAAUGUUUGGACAUAAGGCGUGAUUACUGAAGCGUUUCGGAUGAAGUUGAACUCUUCUUUUUUUUCUUCCUCGCGUGUUGUCUUUGUAGAAAACACACUGUGCGUGCGUGCGUGUUUGUUUACAUGAAUUCAUCAGUUUUACCGCAUUGUAUGAGUAAAACAUUUUAAAUAUAUUGUUUUUGCACGCAUCACGUCAGUCACAGGGUGGCAACUAUAUGAAUUUAAGGUGGGUCAUUCAGCAGUUACGGGCGCAGAGAUUCUACUUCAACAUGGGAAACGUUUUUCUUGAGCAAGGCUGAAAAAACAGGCCCAGAUCUUGCAUUUCUUUGUCUUCAUACAUCUGUUAUCUAAGUUUAUCAUUGCCUUUGGAGUUCUGGAUUUGCCAAGUUUGGGAAUAGCUGGAACAUUCGUGAUUACAGAGUUUUCAGUAUAGUUGGCGCAAUGGUGGUCAAUACGAUCCACUGGUUUAGAAAGGGCUUGAGGAUCCAUGACAACCCAGCACUGCGGGACUCUAUAGUGGGAGCGGACACUCUGAGAUGCGUUUACAUACUGGACCCCUGGUUUGCGGGAUCGUCCAACGUGGGAAUCAGCAGGUGGAGGUUUUUACUGCAGUGUCUGGAGGACUUGGAUGCCAGCCUCCGCAAACUGAACUCUCGCCUCUUCGUCAUCAGGGGACAACCCACGGAUGUCUUUCCAAGGCUAUUUAAGGAGUGGAAAAUCACCCGGCUGUCAUACGAGUAUGACUCCGAGCCCUUCGGGAAGGAUCGAGAUGCAGCCAUUAAGAAGCUGGCUACUGAAGCAGAGGUGGAAGUCUUCAUCAGGAUCUCCCACACACUCUAUGAUCUGGACAAGAUCAUAGAGUUAAAUGGAGGGCUGUCUCCUCUCACUUAUAAGCGAUUUCAGAUGCUCAUCAGCAGAAUGGGGCCUGUGGAAACACCAGCAGAGACAAUUACAGCUGAAUUAAUUGGCAGAUGCAGCACACCCAUUACCGAUGACCAUGACGACAAGUUUGGGGUGCCUUCGCUGGAGGAGCUGGGUUUUGAGACUGAUGGGCUGACCUCAGCAGUGUGGCCUGGUGGAGAGACUGAAGCUCUGACUCGUUUAGAGAGGCAUUUGGAGAGGAAGGCAUGGGUGGCUAAUUUUGAGCGUCCCAGAAUGAAUGCUAAUUCCUUGCUGGCCAGCCCCACAGGCCUGAGCCCUUACCUCCGCUUUGGCUGCCUCUCUUGCAGACUUUUCUACUUCAAACUCACAGACCUCUACAGAAAGGUCAAGAAGAACAGUAUCCCACCAUUGUCACUUUAUGGUCAGCUGCUCUGGCGUGAGUUCUUCUACACGGCUGCCACUAACAACCCACAUUUUGACAAGAUGGAGGGCAAUCCCAUCUGCGUGCAGAUCCCGUGGGACCGGAACCCUGAAGCUCUUGCAAAGUGGGCAGAGGGCCGGACUGGUUUCCCUUGGAUCGAUGCAAUUAUGACCCAGCUGAGGCAGGAGGGGUGGAUCCAUCAUCUAGCCAGGCACGGUGUUGCUUGCUUCCUCACGCGUGGAGACCUAUGGAUCAGCUGGGAAGAGGGCAUGAAGGUAUUUGAGGAGUUGUUGCUGGAUGCAGACUGGAGUGUGAAUGCAGGCAGCUGGAUGUGGCUUUCGUGCAGCUCAUUCUUCCAGCAGUUCUUUCACUGUUACUGUCCAGUUGGCUUCGGUCGACGUGCCGACCCUAAUGGAGACUUUAUAAGGCGCUAUUUGCCCAUAUUAAGGGGCUUCCCUGCCAAAUUCAUCUAUGACCCUUGGAAUGCCCCAGAGAGUGUUCAGAAGAUUGCCAAGUGCAUAAUUGGAGUGCACUACCCCAAACCCAUGGUUAAUCACGCAGAGGCCAGCAGGAUAAACAUCGAACGAAUGAAACAGAUCUACCAGCAGCUGUCCUGUUACCGAGGCCUUGGGCUCCUUGCAUCUGUUCCAACCAACACAAGCAACAAUGGUGAUGGUAACAGAGCAGCUUUGGUAACAGGUCCUUCCUCAGGAGAAAACACACAGGAGAGAAAUCUCAAAAUAGCCAGUGGGACGAGUAUUUUGAAGCGACAUAGCAAAGACCCAGCAUCAGACAUCAUAUCAAAGAUUCUGAGGCAAGACAAUAAUUAGCCUCAUCAGACUUCUAGCCAUACACACACCUCUCCUCAGGCUAGUUACUGGACCUUUUCUGAACAGUUGCACAGAGAACAGCUUCUUAACCUGCCUGUCAUUAACGCCACCAUAAUUAGCUUUGCUCCUGUGUGAUUCGCCAUGGUGUUGUUCCACUUGUAGAACUUAAGUUACAAGGUCAAGUGUGGUGGGCCAAGAAAUUGUAACCUAAGCUACAUGGCAUACCAUAUUUUGUUACAGCAAUUAAAAUGUCUACAUAAAUUGCCAACUUUAUGUUUAUGAAUUGUGGAGGAAAAUAUUUUUGUUCACAUGGUGUUUGACCAUGCAUUGUCGUAGUCACACAAUCCAAUUUUUUUGCAUUGAUUUCUCUUCCAACUGUUUGUAUUUUGCAUACCAUUGUGUGUCCAUUUUGUUUGUGUUUUCUGAUCAUUUUGCAAUAGCUGAAAUUUAAAUACAAUUUGAUGCAAUGGUCCCACUUUACAUUGGGUGUAUUUAACUACUAUGCACAAACAUUAACAUACAUAAAAUACAAUGUACUUAUUGUGAAACUAUAUGUUGUUCUUCAAAAUUCUCAAGAUUCACUUUUGCUGCUACUGAGGUUGAGAUACGGGUAGGUUUAGGAGUAGGGUUAGGGUUUUAGAUUAGGGUAAGGGUUAAGUUUAGGAUUAGGGGUAAGGUCAACAGUGUAACUACAGAUGUUAUUAAAUACUGCUACUGUAAAUGUAAGUACAAUGCCAUAACAUGUAUGUAAAUAUUAAGUACAUUUGUAUCAAAUGCUUAAGUAUAUAGUAGUUAAAGACAGCUAAUAUGAAGUGGGUCCGAUGUACAUAACAAUGUUUUGGCAUCUAUACAAGUGAAGCUCAAUUAACAGCAUUUGUGGCAUAACGUUGAUAACCACUAAAAUGUUUUGUCGCACACACAAAUAUAUAUAUAUUUGUGGAAAUCAAAAUAUGGCACAAAUGCAGUAAAUUGAACCUGGAACAUAGUUUUAAGAGAGAUGGUGUGCAUAAUUUAGAUAGCCAGGAGUGUACCAUCCUAAAAUUGUCUGGUUGCUCUUUGAAAUGACAAAGUGGGAAUUAUGAAACAGUCAAAGGAUUUGACUGAUUUAAAUAUUUAAUUUCAAUUUCUAAAGAGAUAUUAAAAUGUAUAGAAAUACACCGCAACGGUCUGAAUAUGUAGUCAUAUUUUUGCCUUUUUGAAUUUAUUAAUUCUAUCAUUAAUGCCUGUGACUCAUCUGCACAAGUGGAUUUGUUUGAACAAUGAUUACAUGAGAAUGCAAAGCCUACUAUUAUAUAAGCAUAUUCUGUAAUUCAUUUUGCAAACCAUUGUACAGUACAUAACUUUUUCUUGCACAUUUACAGACACGCUGUUAUGUUUUUUAUAUAACAAACAAAACCUUUUUGUAUUUUUUUUUAUUGUAUGGUCUUCUUUGUAAAUCACCAUUAAAAGACUGUAAUGA